AUGGCAAAUAAGUGCGGCGCCUGUGGUCGUUUCGCUUCUACAAUGGACUCGAUAAAUGAUAGAUGUGCUAGUAUUCCUAUUGACGGCCGAAUAUCAAAUAAAUGGCAAUGCAGCGGUUGUAAGGCAAAAAAUGUAUGUGCGAGUGGGGUGAACACAAUUGCUACGCCUAGUUCGUGUAGCUCGGGCGGCACGGACACAGAGUUCGGCGAUGCACAGCUUGGAUCCGACGAUAGAGGGCGCUGUGAAACUAAUGUCGACUUAGCAAACGAGCUAAAAUUAAUACGCGAGCAGUAG